AUGCUCUCGUUUCGGAGGAUAACCCAGCGCGCGAUGAUGGCACCCUCGACUAUGAACGCUGCGCGAGAUUACACAACUACCUGGUCGCAUAUGCCUGGGAUGGCCCGUAAUGGAAGAGACACGCCCGACCUCGACGCACUUGCCAGCCAGUCAUGGUUUUUCAACGAAGCAAAGGAAGAUAUUGAUGCUAUUCGCGAGCGCCUUGACCCGUCGCUGAAUUCAUUCCUGGAUUUAAUCUACGAUCCAGAACCACAGUUCUUCUACUGGGUUAACAGGGUUGUAAUGCGACUCUCCGACGAAGCAUUCCUCCUCGAGGAUAGUGAUCUCGAGGAUGAAGAGCGAUUUGUUGUGAUUUACGACACAGUUUCCGCUCUAGGCUCCCAUUGUCUUGGUGUUCUCUAUGACCAGCAGUACCACCGGGCCUCGUUCCCGUUGACCAUCGAAAACCCAGACAGCGUGGAGCCUGUCGAUGAACACGAGGGUAUGUGGUUUCCCUUGGAGACCAUUCUCACUCACUGGAUUCAAAUGCUCCAUAUGGGUAAAAUUACUACCGAUCCACGGAAUGAGAGAGACGUGCCUGCCGACGAGGCUAAGUCGAGAUCGGCAAUCGGGUUAUGGUUUUGGCAUCCCUACUGUGUUGCCCAGGUCGAUAGCACGGUUGCUGCGAUGGAUCGCUACACAGCUGCCAUCGAAUCUCAUAUACAGUCCCUUCUACCAAUUGCUCGUGAUACGCCAUUGUUCACGGAUGCAGAACUCGAUAUGGCCUCUGUGCCGAAGGAAUGCUUUGUCCGCCCCGUCCUAACCAAAGUCAACACUCCGCGUUUCAAACUGAUCGCGCCCGGGCUGGAGGUUCCGCACGAUAAAGUAGCAUUCGCAGCGCGUCAGAGAUUCAACGAGGAGGGUCGAGGCAAGGACGUACCGUCGUUCCUACUCUUUGCUGCUUCAGAUAGUACUCGUACAGCCUUUUUCAAUGAGGAGAUUCGGCGCUUAUUCUUCGGAGCGAGGAAUAAUGUACCACUAAACGAAGAUGAUUCUGUUCCCACUGGAUUAUAUAGUGAAACUUUCAAUCGAGACGAAUACGAUGCCGAAGAAUCGGGGUUUCGCCUCCUGCUCCCAUUUGCUCUGAGGCCUAAUCUUGCUGAUGAGGAUUGUGCAAGGAGGAGUGAUGGAACGCGAGUAUCCUCCGGAUCCUUCACAGAGCUUUUUCAGCAUGGUGUUUUCUACCCCUUUGGCGGAGAGCACCGAGCGCAACGAUUAGAGAGGCUAAUUGAUCGGUGGACUGAGCUGAUCGAAAGUGGUGUAUGGACAGUGGGUAGAGAGGGCGUGGAAGGGGAAAUCGAUAAAUUCCAGGAUGCCGACAACGGAGCCUGGGAGGAUUAUUGGAUCGCCCCAUACUGGUGA